AUGACUCUAGAUGUUCGUAAAAUGUUGUUUAUAUAUCGUAUCUCCGCUGACGCACCACACCGUGGGCGCUACCGAUACAGGUAGCCCGUACAUAUCGUAACACUGCCCUAGUUGGCAAAGCUAAAUAAGUAUAGGUAAUCAUGCGAUGGUGAAUACAAUUAGGGAUUAAUAGUACGAGUGAUGUUUGGAAAUUUUGCCAAAAUUGGACAAGCCACCAGGGCGAGUCCAAUUUGGCAAAUUCCAAACAUCACGAGUACUAUUAAUCCCUAAUUGUACGAGCAACAUCGCAUGAUUACUUGUUUAUUAUUAGCAUGACAAAAUUGGAUACUUCUCUGUCUUCUCAAUGUCAACAUCAUAUUCUCUCGCCAAAGCCCAGUCCUGAGAGUUUCAACCAAAAUUUGGUGCUUUUGUUCGUAUUUUCAUCUAGUUUUUUUGUUAAAACAAAAUUUGGUGCUUUUGUUCGUAUUUUCAUCUAGUUCAUCUAGGGCAAUUUCAUUUCACAUUUGUGUUUAAAAUACCUUUCAAAAUACCAUUUUGUUUGUUUUGGGAAAUAAUUGUACUCCUCUUAACCAAUCAGCAUCCAGUAAUUUUGUCAUGCUAAUAAUAAAUAAAUGAAUAAAUAAAGCUACUGUAUCCAGUAUAAUCUUGCAUGGUCUGUGUCAGUGUACUGUAGGUAGUGCCAGUAAUAAUAAAACUUCAGUUGGUAGGGAUGCAACUACCUGAAAAAUACAAGGAGAACUUUGACGUUUUGAGCGAAGGCCCUUUGUUAGGAAGGUUUCACUAACUUCCCAAUGAAGAGCCUUUGCCCGAAUUGUUGACGUUUUCCUUGUAUUUGUCAGGCAGUUGCAUCUGUAUCAACCGAAGCUUUGCUAUCCAGUGUAAAUAUUUUAUAGAGUUGGAUUAGUUUUGCUUAUUAAUGGAAAUUAAAUUUUCAAACUUCAGGACAGUUUAUCUUUGGAUCUGUUCUCCAACAUCUGCCAAGGAUAUCAAACUGAAGCUGAAAGGCUAUGAAAAAUGUAAGCUACAAUGCUAUAUGGUUUUCCCGUAUUUGUGUCGGUCAUUUAUUUAUUAACUUUACAAACAUAGAAAAGUAUAACACAAUGAUUGAAGGUACUGCAUGGUCAACAGGACAUGAGUCCCAUGUGAAGACCAAGCUAAUACAAAACAAUAAGUAGACAAUAUAUUAAAGACAAGGACUAGAACACUAUUUACAUAAUCAGUAUAUGUUCAGCUUAAGUUAAAAGAACGGCAUUUAUAGCUGCAGUAGAACGGCAAUUAUUUAGAGCAGUAGGUUUUCCAAGUACGCAUUCUGUUAACAUCGAAAGAAGAAUCUAAUUGAGAAGAGUAGUGAAUCCAUAUGGAGCUGGAGCUUAAAGGAAGAAACAGAUCACGAACUGUUUUGAAUGAUCGGAGAGAGAUUGUUCCAUAGAAAGACAAUUCGGUUAAAAAAAGAGUUUCUAAAAAGAGAGGUUUUGCCCGGAUUGACUUGAAGCAAGUUGUCCUUGCUUGAACGGUUGCGAGACGAGCCAUUAGAAGAAAAGGUGACAAAAGAGGAGAUAUUCACAUCUUAUUGCAUGCACGGCUGAAAGCAGACCUGGAAAUAAUUCCAGCCUUCCUUGGAUCCUAUUAUACUAUAAGGGGCAAAUAAUUUCUUAGAAACCACGGUGGUUUAGUGCUCUGGCAGUUUUUGGUCAGCUGGAGCCGUAGCUGCUAUGCUUUCUCCCAGCUCCGACUGGAAAGUCGGAAUGACCAGAAAUGUGACAGUUUCAUAGAUUUAGUGUUCAGGUUACAAAUAAUUGCAACAUUGAAUUUGUUGAAAGUGCAUUUGUGUAAUCCGAAGUCAAUAUCUGUUUUGUCAAACUAUUUCGCCAUUUUUGGCUACUGCAAAUGGCCAAACUGCAAUAAGUCAUUAUCUCUGUGAUCUAUCUGCAGUAGUAUUCGUUUUGUAUUUGGACUGUAUGCGGUAUACGUCUGAUUGAUCUUCGCUAAAAGUAAUAGCUUAAUCUACAGUAUACUGUAACACGGUCUAUAGUACAUCAGCUGCCAUGUUGUUUGGUUACAUAAUGUACUGCCGGUGCUUGAAUAUUUAUUAUAUUUUCUCGCCAUGUUGGUGCUUGGAUAUUUUCUCUCUCCUGCUCGAAAAUCAAUCACCAGCAGUAAGUAGUAUUUAUAACUCAAAAAGCAGGAAAUCUAAAGAAAUUUUUUUGGGAGUGGGGGUGCUGGACACCACUAGGUUGGUGCUGGACACCAGUAGGAGGGCUGGGCACCCCUUGCACUCGCCCAGUAGAUCCGCCUUUGGGUCUGCUUGUUGUGAUUUUUAUCUUGUUUCAGGUGAAUGGGAAUACACAAAACAAGUGAGCAGAGAGGGACCUGAUGGAACGACAGAAUGGGAUACAGUCCAGGGCAAAGUUAAAGGAGACAAGACAUUCUUCAAAACCGAAUUUAAACUGGUGGAGUACCAUGGUACUGUUUUUAAAUACUUUAUUGCAGUUUAAGUUAAUUUAAUUUAAUCAAUUUUCCACUGUAUUAGUAAUACAAUAAAAAGAGAAAGGAUUAACUAAAAUAUCAACAAAUCAAAUCAAAUACAGUGAGGAAACACUCUUCUCCAUUGAGGCUAAAUUAUAAUCAGACAACGUUAUAUUGCGUCCUAAUAGUUGAAAGACACGUGACAUGGUGACAUGGAUGUGACAUCACUGACAUGGACUGACCACCAACAUUUCAGGGUCUGAAAUAAAAAAUUUUGCCUACAGAAUACAGUAUCCCACUUUUGGAUACUGAUUAUUAUAAAGUAUUAUUCCCUGCCUCGUCCAAAUACGUAUGCAUUGACUACUGACAAUUCAGAUUAUAAUGUAAACAGACAAUGCAGUGAAAAGUUGGCAUCAUGACACGAAUUAAUACAUUAAAAUACACAAUCAUGGACUUUAGACACACUUUUGUACUGUAUGCAUGGUAGUCUCGAAUGUGCAAAGUUACGGCUAUUGUCAAGGUUGCAUGUUCCCUGCUGGCAGAAGUGUGCCAGCAGGGAAGGUGGCAAGUUGAGCAGUAUUCAAAAGCUAAUACGAGAGCAGUGAAGAUGUUUAACAUUAUUUUGCAAUAUUUUAAUCAGGAUACAAGUCAUGCACAUUUUGAUAUCCAAAACCAAAUUUUUAAUUUUAUUAUUUAUUCAAAAGAUUGGCGAACAGUCAACUGUGAAAUCGUCAUCAACUCAAUAGCUAGAGUUUUGGCAUACAGUGACGACAUAAUUUUGAUAUACAUAACGUCAUGCUUGAUAUACAUAACGUGAUGCUGUGGACAGGUGAAAUGUGGAAAACGUUUAAAACAAUAUGGCGCUAUGAACAUUUGGCCGUGUUCACAAGUUUGAAAACAACUUUUAAAAUAUAAAGAAGAAAUAUCAACGAAACACCUGUGAAAAUGUUUUGUUGAUAUGCUACUGUGUGAAUUAAAUGCUAAGUUUUUCUAUUUUCCCCCGGAUUGUUAGAUGGUAUACCAAUUGGACAUUACGCAUAUCCGUUCCAGUACACAUUGCAACAAGAGAUUCCUGGUAUGUAUUUGGACCGAGCAAAAAUUCUGUAAUUGAAGUAAAUUUGUUUUUAUUCAUUUAUUUAACUUCGCCAAAUAUAAAACCACAACAGCCACACUGAAAACGUACUUAAUUUGUGAGAUCAACGGAAUGCCUUAUCUUAGAGCAGAAGAAUGCGGAGUCGCAUUAGGUACUUGGGAAAUACAUGAUUUAUGAUAAGAUCAUGUAUCAUAGCCAAACACCAUCCAUUUUUCAACUAUCCACAAUUUUUCCUUGUUAAAGAGCCUUGUUCCAAAGCUAGCCAUGCCAACUUUUGGACAAGGAAAAUUUUCUCGUGUAUACGGCCACCAAGGAAGAGGGCCCCCUAUACUUUUUGCGUGAAGCGUGAAGGGCUUAUUUUACUUAGCCGUGAAACGUGAUCGGGCCCCCUAUACGUUUUGCGUGAAGCGUGAAGGGCUUAUUUUACUUACCCGUGAAACGAUAUGGAUGAUUUUCUUAAUCCGUGACUCGUGAAAAGGAAAAAUAUUUUUACGUGAAAGCAUAUUGUGAAGAGGUAUAGGGGGCCCUCAAGGAAACCUUGACAAGUGCACAAGAAAUACUUGUAUGGUUUUCGCCAACAAAAGGCUGCUUUGACGUGAGAUUUAUGUAUUGUUUAAUAAACGAGCAGGAGUGUUUUAUUAGGUUUAAAGUCACGAGCGCGCAGCGCGAGUGGCUUUAGACCUAAUAAAAUACGACCUGCGAGUUUAUUAAACGGCUUCAAACACGACUACAAAUUCAAUAGAUAUACUGUCUUAUUAGUAUUCUUUAUAUAAAGAAUACUAAUGAGGACACGACUACAAUAGAUACUGCCUUAUUGGUAUUCUUUAUAUAAAGAAUACUAAUUAGGAGUGUUUUAUCAAGUUUAAAGCCACUGCACGUGACAUAUUAUGGUUGACAUGAUUUGCCAAUAAGCUUAUGAAUUAUUAAUGAGUGUUUGAAAUACAAAUAAUGAAUUUUAUUCGUGCAAUGGUAAGCAUAUUUUCAUUCGGUGAAAGAUGGAAUGUUCCAUUCAAUGAGGCGACAGCCGAGUUGAAUCGAAUAUUCCAUCUUUCACCGAAUGAAAAUAUUCUUACCAUUGCACGAAAAAACAUUCAUUAUUUGUUUUAUAUAAUACCAAAAUAGACUAAUAGAUUCGUAUGAGAAGCAUUUUGACUGAUGCGAUUUAUCGAAAACACGAAGAGUGUAAUGGAAUAAAACGUAUAGUACAAUUGCACUCGCAAAGAGUGCAAUGGAACGCGUAUUCCAGUGUACUCUUGGGAAAUGGAAUUUUCUAUUCAAUAUCACGUGACCAUAAACAGCCAAUUAAACGAUCAGAAUUCAAUAACGUAUUAUAUAAAAAUUACUAUUUAACAACAUUCCGUGCCCACGAGCAAUAAAAUGUGUCUAGGGAAACUUGUCAAGGAUAACUUGUUGACCGUGCACACGAAAAAGAAACUUGCUCGUCUAUAAACACGAAUUUCUGAUAUUUCGAUUUUAUUACAAAAUAGUCAGUUAGUCUUCGAAAUAUGUUUUAUUGUAACUGAAUAACUAUGUAUAGGUUUAAAGUUACUGUUGCAACGGAGUAAUUUUAGAAAAUACAAAACAAUCAACACUCCGAAAACGGUUAGCAUGCACUUUCAUUCUACGUUUCGCCUGAAGUUAUAUAAAAUGUUUAUUAUUGUUUGUAUUCGCGGAUUCGCCGUUGAAUACUGUAACAUUACGGGUCAAAAUCGGCAAAAAUAUCAGUCCCAGUCAAGUGGAAUGAAACGUUUAUGUGGAAAAUUUUAUUUAGGCUAAUUUUAUUCCACUUGACUAAAAUCCCACAUAGUGCAAGAUUAUAUCUUAACUAACCGAGCUGGCUCGUUUCUCGUUUACAAAUUGAACUCAACAUGUGUUAAGCAGGGCAUGCGGAUCUGCCAGGUCAGCUGGGCUCAUUUGAUGAUAUGGUUCACGGUCGGUACUACAGUAUCGUUUUGUGACACGUUUAGGAUCAUUUCGCAUGAAAGGCAAAACUGAUCAUUCAAAUAGCAACGAAUGGGAAGGAAACGUUAAGUACAAAGUGAAGGCGGCAAUGGAGGCUCGUGAUGGAAAAUUAAAGGUGACUAAACUGUGGUUCAUAUUACACAAAUAAUUAACAAUUAUUGGAUGAGGUUUUUGUGAUAUGCUGAAUUAUCAAGGUCGAGGUAAGGAUGAUAACGCUUACCGAGACCUUGAUAAUUUUGCAUAUCGCAAAAACCGAAUUCAAUAAUUGUUUUAUCAUACAUUUGUUUGUGUUAACUAUAGAUACCGCUUGCUAAUCAUCGUAGGUUGCGUGAUUACACGAUUUAACUGUAAGCUCUUAGCUCAAAUUGCUUUUACCAACUGCAAUGUAUAAUAAUGAAUGUUUAUGAGCGCAAUGGUGUAAAAUACUAUGAAAUACUAUAAAAGAACACUUCCUUCAAAUAUCAAGUAAUUAAUCAAAUUACAUGUACUGUAAUCCAACACUUUAUGCUGUAAAUAGUUUUCACGUUCUCCCUCUUUCUUUUCUUUUAACUAUAAUACUUAUUGUAAUAUACAGUAUCUUAAAUUUGGUUGACUGUAUAGUCUGUAGUUAAGUUAGAACUAUAGCAUCUGAAUUCUAUAACUAUAGGGGUCUUAUAUUAAAUAAAAGCCUGUUAAGGUUUCUGGCAGGCCCCUACCAUAACAUUAAUCUAAUUUUUUUUUUAAUUAUAAGAAAUUUUAAUCCUUGGUAAAAAUAUUUUCGUUCGACGAAAGAUGGAAUUUUCCAUUCCACUAGGGGACCACACGAUGACAUACUGAAAAUGGCUAAAUUGUAUCGUGGAAUUUUUGAGUGAAUUAAAUACAAAACAAAUACACACCUAAGUUACUUGUGCAUUGUUCAAAAAUAAUUAAACUGAUCCAACAAAAAUGUGUUUUAGUAAAGUAUUAACAUGAUAAUGGAGGUCAUUUAACUCAACAUUAUCGUAAAAAUAUUAUAUUUUUGCACCCGUCAUUUUGCUUCGCACGAUAUAUGUAUUGAAUCUAAUUCCAUCACCGUCUCAGGAUGAAAAUUAUGGUUAAUUGAGCUAAUUGAGAUUACGUUACGAAUACGAUUCUGAAUGAUUGAAUUUAAUUAAAACCUUACUGCGCCCUCCAUUGUAAUUCUAAUCCAUAUCACAUGAUCAUAGCCAUCGAUUUUUGUAUAUUAUACUGUUUUCCCCAUUGAACGGUUUGGUUUUAUUAAAUUCUAUCCAACAAGUCAGGUUACUUUAGGAAUGUUUAUGGAAGAAGUGUAAAAGCUAUCAUUUUCUGUGUACAGUACGUUAAAUAUUUUGUAUACGAUUUCAUAGAAUCUUGAUUUCACGUAGGUAACACAACCGCUGGUUAUCAGGACUGACGCAAGGACACAAGUGAACCAAUCAGAAACGCACGAGAAAGAGGGAACAGUGAGAUUGUGCUGUUGUAUUCCCAGAGGAACCGUGAAGCUACAGGCCAGGUAAUUACCAUUGAAUAAACAAUUAAUUAUCUCUAUACAAUACUAGAGUUCUACCGCGUAAAAAAGCAGUGCAAAUGUCUGAAGAAUUAAUUUAUCUUUUAGAAGGGGGCCGAAAGUGUUAGGGAUUUGAGGCUUAUUUGAGAGGAUUUACAGUAUUUUGAUUCAUAAAAUAUUUAAAGAUUGUGAGUUAUCGGUUUAAUCGCCAGACUAUUGUGAUUACCAGAAAGCAAAUUCGUAUUUGAAAAUCAAUCUGAAGAUGAUGUUGAUAAAAUCAAAAAAUUCAAUUUAAAAGGUUUGUUUUUAUCCAAAUAUAAUAUAGUAAUGGGUCAGUGGCGGGUGUAUAGCUGAGAGCUAAGCUGAAUUGCGAAGGAGGCAUCUCAAUCUGAUCGAGUCGAAGGCUUUCUCAUGUACAUUUGAUCACGGAUCACAGCAACGAUAGAAGGGUCACUCCAAUUUAUCAUUAAAAUCACACUUUAUUUCGGACAAGGUUUGCGGGCUUGUAUAUGUGAUACAAAUAUCUGAAAAAUAGGAACAAACUUCGACGUUUCGACUUUCGCCUGGAACUUUGUGGUUAAGAAUUCCCUUUUCUCGUAAUUUUCAGGAAGGGACCUGGAACAAUUCAAGUCUGUCGAUAAAUCCUUCUUAUCGUCUCUUCAUCUCUAGGUUGGACAGUAAUGUAUACGAAGCUGGAUCAACUGCCAGAAUUCAUGUAAAUGUUGAUAAUGAUUCGAGUGUUGACAUAGAUCACUUCGUCCUCAAGGUAGGUAAUAUAUAUAGGCUUUUCUCCAUUUGCGUUAGUGAUUAGAUAUUCCCCGCUUCUGAUGCAUGCUUCGGUUGUGAGGCUAUACGCGUAAAUUUGUUAAUGUUGUUUUCAUUUCUCAAUGUUGGACCUGGUACAUAUUAAAUAGCUCAGCUAUCUUGGAAAGUGUCUCUAUUCUGAGACGCUCUCCCUACUCUUGAAUCUCUAUUCUCUAACACUCUCGCGAACAGAUGGAUCGUAGGGUUCUGUCCGUGUUACGAAAACCAAUUAGGAUCCACAGUGGCGUAUGGGGAAGAUGGUAUUCUGUCCGCUCUAUAGAUGGGAGCCAUCCAAGUGACAAAACGUCCUCUUCACUAUACUUUUGAACUGUCUGUGCCAGUGUAGGUAGUGGCAGUAAUAUGAACAAGCUUUCGUUGGUAGGGAUGGAACUACCUAAAAUAAUAUACAGUAAGGAGAAUUUCGACAUUUCGAGCGAAGGCCUUUCGUCUGGAGUUACUAACCAAAGCUAGUAACUCCAGGCGAAGGGCCUUCGCUCGAAACGUCGAAAUUCUCCUUAUAUUUCUCAGAUAGUUGCAUUCCUGCCAGGCUUCUUCACUAUAUUGUAUGUACGCGGGGUCACGUACGCGGCAAUAAUCAAUCUCAAACUCAUUAAUAAUUCAUGAGUAAAUUAGCCAACCAUAUUGCUUUAUUUUGCUCAUGCACAUGAUAAUACUGGAUACCUGGUACUGAAGUACAUUGAUCCAGUCCUAGGACUGGAUCAAAAUUAAUUCCGUCCUUCGACUGGAUCAAAAUUAAUUAAUAGUGAUUUAUUCGCAUGAGAUGUCAUUUCAAAUCCUCCAAUUCGGACUGGACUAGAUUUCAAGUCCUCGCAUUUUGAUCCAGUCCUCGGCUUCCCCUCGGACUUGAUCAAAUUGCGCGGACUUGAAAUCUAGUCCAGUCCUCAUAGUCGGAUUUGAAAUAUUACUUCAAGUAUCAAUGAAGGUAUACAACUAGAAACUUGAUUUACCACACCCUGCAUGUUUAUAUAUAUUUUCCUAGCUGAUGCAAGUCAUCCACUUGCAAGGGAAAGAUGAUGAUAGUCAUUCGGAAAGGAGAGUGUCUUUGACAGACACCGUGUGUGAAAGCAAAUAUGAUGGAUGUAAGAGCGGAGAUAAAAAGGAAUGGUAAGGUGAACCGGCCACUAAAGUUAACUAGAAAUACAUGCAUGCAACAACCCCUCGCCUAUAUUUUCCAAACAUUGAUUUAACCUGAAGUAUUAUAGUAAUUGGCUAACAUCGAACGCAGGCUGGCGUUCUGCGUCAAGUGUUGUUUUUGCAAUAAUAGUUGCAAGAUUGGUACUUUUAACUAUACAUGCAACAAUGAAUAUCCGAAAUAUAUGAUUGUACACUGUUUGGGUAUGUUAUUAAGAGGAGAUUUUUUUGUGUGUUACGUAACACACACUCAAAACUAAUGCGUAUAAUAUAUCACUUGAGGUUAUGAUAAAAUUCAAAAAUUUUAUUUUUUGAUACGUUUCUCAAUCGGCAAACAAACUUAAAAAGUAUGUUUAGUGCUUUAUCGGUAAAAUAAUGUUAAAAUGAAGAGAUUUUAAUUAAAUGAUACGCCAAAGAGAAAAUGACGUCUGAAGUUCAGUAAGUUUUGCUUAUAUGACUGUAAUUGUAAAUAUGGCAUCAAUUUUAAAGCAUCAUUGAUAAUUGUAUUUUAAUUGACAAUUUUUAACUAUUAUGUUAUGUUUCUCAACCGGGAGAUGCAUUUAAAAAGGUAGCUAACUCUAUUAAUUAGAGAAUAAAGCUAAAACAAAGUAAUUUUGAGAGGGACGCCAAAAAGAUUUUAGGUUUUGAACACUUUUCAUUGCAAAUACGUGACAUUGAAACAAAUUGCCUCUUAAUUGUUGUAUUGAAUGUAAAGUUUAAUCAGAAACGUUUUGUGAAAUGUUUUGAAAUGUUCAUUCAUACAAUUAAACUGCUUUUGCCGAUAAAACAAAAUAAGAAAAGAAAACAAAAAAACAACAAAAAACCCCCCAAAAAACCCAAAAACAAAAACAAAAAAAUAAAACAAAAUAAGUUUAUUUCAGUUCGAUGUCGAAAUUAAUUCAAGUUGUGCUUUACAUUUUAAAAUUUUUUAAACUAAACAAGAUAAUUUAGGAAACUUACAACUACAUUGAAAAGGAAAGCAGUACAAAGUUUACGCAAGAAAUCAAAGCAUGCAACAAGAUCCAUAAGUAUUAAACAUGAUUGAAAGCAAACUUGCCCUAUAUUUCAUGCACGAUUUCUCACAGUAAAUCAAUUAUUCUUAUUUCUUCAAAGAAAACUUUUUUAUAUCUGAAACGAUUUUGCAAAUAAGGCAUAUGUAUUUGAACAUUGAAAUCUUGCUUCACCCAGGCACUAUGAACUAUAUGGCACCAUGAAACAUGCCAACGCGCCCCCGACUAUUGAUGAACUUUAGACUUCGCUAUAUAUAAUGCUUUCCUUUCUCCGAGUAUAAAUAUAGCCGAGCGGAGUUAGUCCUCGCCCGGCCAGGCUCGGGGAAAAAGUAUCGAUUGAAAAUUAUUGAUUGCGUUGUUUAGUGACAUCGAAUUGGUAUUGAAAACAGGCGAUGGUCAUGAAAUUCAACCGACAACGAAAGGCGGACAUAUAAAGGUAUUUGAGGCAGCUUUUCUGCUUGUGCAUGCAGCAGGUUUAGCUGAUGUCAUCAUCUCAUUUCAUUAUAUAUUUACAGUAGUCUUCCAUCUAUGGCAACAAAAAAAACUCUAAAUGAAGUAUUUAACUCAGUGCCACUGUCAGAGUGCGAAUUAAGAAUUUUUUCUAAGCUGCAAUGAAUUUCCAAAAUUGUACAUGUAGGCGCCAUGCUGCAAUCUUAUUUAGACAAAUCAUGCAUAUGAAACAUUGCUAAAAGUCAUUCCCCCUCCCCUGAAACAGCGCGUUGAAGAAUGAUGGUCACGACAUUUCCACCUGAGUUUACGGACAUUAGACCAUUAGGAGGGGGUCUGUGAAGGGGGUUGCCACUUGCGAAAUAUAUGUGUAUAGGGUUGGUGUCUUCUACUUUUAUGAUGCUGUCUGCAUGAGUUGUCUAACAUUGUAGUUUCGACCUACAAAUAAUUUUGACCAGCAAAACGUUUUUUCAAAUAUUCAAUUUUAAUCUUGUUUUGCGCUGAAAGUUAUUUUGGACUGUUUAGAUUUUGUCUUCUUUCGCUGCCAAGAAAUUUAUCUGGCAAGGGAUUCCGAGUUUAUAGAACUGACUGAAAAGUUGGCCUACAAAUCUUCCCAUGCCCCUGAGCGUCCCCAAAUAUGAUAUUUGGCUUGUUUAAUAUUUGUAUAACUGAUAGAAAUGGCGUCAUAUCUUUUUAUCUCUUUAACACACAAAUAUCCAUUUUUGCUCACUUUUAGUGCCCAUAUAAGGUGUAUUAUUAGAUCGAGCUCAAAAGUUUCCUUUUACUAUAUUGUAGUGUACAUAUCAUAUUGAUAUUGAAAUGCAAGUUAGUUGGUGUCCAGAUAUUGAGAUCCAUGCUCCUAUCAUUCUAACUGCUCCGUCUAAUAACUGGGUAAGGAGAAGGCCAAUUUCACUAUAUAUUUUUAGAUAGAAUUCAAUUAGCCUUUCUCGCGCCGCCAUUUUUAGGUGGCAUUUCAGCCGACGUCUGCGAGAUAAGUCCACACAACAGCGACUUUUUAGAAUUUUUUGGACGAAUGAUGGUAAAUUUGCUUUGUAAAUGGUUAGUUUAUUUUGAAAAAUUGCUUUUCACAUUGUUUUAAUUGUCUGCAUUGGUUAACGAGAAUUAGAUGCCACCCAAAAAUGGCGGAUAUUCGUCAUCGUGAGAAAGGCUCAGUUCCUGGUAGGUACACAUGCAGUUGUUUGAACAAAUGAAUCUACAUGCGACUUCAAUCUUGAAGCUAUAUGGCUAGGGUGUUGAAAUGCGGAAACGUAGUUACAGUUGAUGAUGUAUUAGAGUAACAAAUAAAGAUGCUUUAUUGAAGCGCCAUAUAAUACGAUUCAACAUUCCGAUAACAAGGGGAAUUUAAGGUAUUCGUAUAAUCCCCGUGGAAAAACAUGACUUCACCAUACAGAGUUGCUGAAAGUGUUUAACCUUCCUCGGGCAAACUGAUUUCAAGAUUCAAAACUUCCUCUAAAUAAUAUUUAAUGUUCAAGUGUAUAAAAUAAUAGAAAAAUCUAAUAUAAAAUAUAUAUAUUUUUAUUCUAGUGGCAGCAGUGGGCGGCACCUCAGUGGCUUGUUAAUUGUCAACCUGUGCCUAUUCAAGGACCUUGUGCUGUACCACAGCCAGUCAUGGGUAAGCAUUUAUAUUUAAUACAAUUUGGUAAUUAUAAUUAACAAUUAUUGAAUGAGGUUGAGCACGAUAUUAAGAAUUAUCAAGCCCGAAGUUUGCCGUUAUCAACCGAAGCCGAAGGCUGAGGUUGAUAACGGCAAACUGAGGGCUUGAUAAUUCUUCAUAUAUUGUGCGAAAACCGAAUUCAAUAAUUGUUUUAUUAUUUAUUUAAAAAAUUCAAAACAAACGGAAGCCAUUUGUAUUUUAUUUGUAUUAAGAAAAAAAACACAAUUCGUUAGUCCUUCGGCAUCCGUCGUCAUUUCAAUGGCGUCAGCGAGUCAAUAUGAUUCUCGUCGUCAUAGUAAUAUGGCGCAAUUGGUUAGCCAUUGAGUUGAUAUGAUAAUUUCACAGUUGGCUGUUAACCAAUCAGAAACCAGGAAUUUUUUAAAUAAAUAAUAAUAAUUAUAAUAAAACCUUUGUUAAUGUGUCUAACUGAAACAGCAGUUUUACACAACCACAGAGGCGACACCGAUUCUUACUGGUUUUACCCUAACGGUUUACGAAACGGAAAAUUGUACCUCCACCAGCGAGUUAAAGUUACAUUGUAUUAUAUAAUAAAAUCCCAAAAUUGUCAAUUCUAAGAUUAUUAUGGAGAUAUACAAAAAAAAACGCAACGAGAUAAACAUAGGAAUUUUGCCGCAAAAGUUGUAAUUAGAUUAGCAUUGACAAUACUUAGCAAUCCAAGCGCGACAUGAAUUUUACACACAAAUACGGCGCAGUUAAAUAUAUGAAGCGGUAUGUCCGAAAUUUGUUGGUCGAAAUUGUUUCUUUACCUUUGGUUUCAAAGUUUCGCCAAAACCCGCCAAUUUGUUUUUUCGGCACAAAAUUUUCACCAAUGGACCUUAUGCACAAUGACGUCACAAGGCUUGAUGCCCGCGAGGAAUGCUGUUCAAAGUAGUCAUCGCCCGGGAAAAUUUCGAUGGUGGCCAUUUUGAAUUGUUGAAUUUUCCCGGGCGAUGACUAAUAAGACCAGCAUUCCUUGCGGACAUGAAGCCUUGUGACGUCAUUAUGCAUAAGACUCGCUUUGCAAAAACAGAAAUGCAGAGCUUGCGUUUUGUUCAAUUUUUCGCAAACUUGGUUAAAGGUGCUCGCAUUUUUCAUUUAAUACAAUAUUUUUCCAUUUAUGUGCAACUGCUUCCUGAUGGUGCCUAAACAUUUAAAGCUAGCGAUUUUUUAGGAUAACGAUGUUUUUGAUAAAUUAUAUACAAUGGGCUAAUUACGCAUUUGAUGCUAAUUUUUCAUGCAAUUUUCAAUCAAAUUUAACCAAUUUGUCCUUGGGUAAUGUCCAUUAGUUCCACAAAAUUUUGAUAUUUUUGAGUUAUUGUGCUGACAGACAAACGCAUAGAAAUGCAGUGUCACACUCACACAUACAAACGCGCAUGAAAACAUGACUUCUUGGGGAGUGUUUCUAAUGGUAUAAAUGUUUUAAUAUUUCAGAUUCUCAUACAUUUUCGAAUAUUCCUGGCUUUGGUCCUCCACUGUAAUCGGAUGGUCAUGAAAUACUGUCUCGACAGCAUUAUAUAUAUACAUUAGUUAUAACACUAUCAAUAGGUCUUACUAGCAAUGUGUUUCCACUUUACUUUUAUCGAAAUUCUCAUUUGGGGACCACAUUGCGGGUGAAAUUUUUGAAAUUUGGCUCGCCUCCAAAUCAGACAGAUCAGCUGCUAAUGUAGGCUCGAUUACCAAGAGCUUCCCGAAUGCCGGCUGGCAAUCUAGCCUACUGCUUAUGCUUUACAUAUUGGGCUAUUGCAAUGUUAAUCCGAAACCCUCCGAGGUCAAGGAACUAGCUCUUUCUGGCCCCCCACCGUGGAAUUUACAAUUAACCUCGCUCCCCUUAAAAAUAAUGAAUAACAUCAUAUUAGCCCCUACCCCAUGGAAAGUGCAGAUAUAUUUUAACUUUUCCAUGCGAAAUUCAUGUUAACCCCCAAAAUUCUGAAAGGAUUUUAAGGCACCUCCCUUUUGGAAUUCUUAGGUUUCUCGACAGUGGAGAGUGCGGUACGGUGAAAAUUGCAAUAGCCCAUUACGUAAAUCGAUACAUGGGCACAUUCUAAAAUUAGUAGGUCAGUUUAUAUGGCAUUAGUAGACUGCGAGCGGUCCCUCCUUUCCACGGGUUUAGCUUCUCGGGCGUGCGAGGUACUGCCAACAACACAUCAAGAAGGAACCGUUAAUGUAAUGUUUAUUUUUAAAAUCUACAUUCAGUCUGGAAAUUAUUCAUAGCAUAUUAAAUUACUACAUAUCAGAUUUGAUUGACAGGCACAUCGAUCUCGACCAAUGCCGGCAAUGGGAAUUUGCGUUGUGUGGGCAACGCGUAUUUCGUUUCUUGAUGUGCUGUCGGCAGUCCUUCCUUUCUCCCCAGAGCUUUCUCCCGAGGGACUGCUCGCGGUCUAAUAAGGUAUAUAGUUUUGAACUGUAAAAAAGUUUCCCAAUAUAUAAUUUUAAAAGUCCUUAAAAUGAAACAAACUAAAUUUUUAUUGCCACAUGUUCUUUGAAUGUUUAAUUUCUCGAUAUAUUUUUUAAACUAUUUAUUUUCAGGGUAAUAUAGCAUAUUUGCUGGGCUACUAC